AUGCCUUUGGACCUCCAGAAUGUCGGCUGUGACAAGCAGGGAGCAAUGGUGAAAUCUGGGUCUGGUGUCCUGGUCUGGGCAGCUUGUCUGCUCUUGGUAUUUCCUGCCACAGCUACUGAGCCCCAAUCCACUCGGCCUGAAGUGGACACCCUCUUGCGCUUGGUGCAAGGCCGACAGGUGGGCGUGAAGGGUACAGACCGCCUUGUGAAUGUCUUCCUGGGUAUCUCGUUUGCGCAGCCACCACUGGGGCCUCUCAGGUUCUCUGCCCCACUGCCAGCACAGCCUGAAAGUGUGCAGGAUGCCAGCACUGACCCCCCAAUGUGCAUGCAGGACAUAGAGAAAAUGAACAACAGCAGAUUCUCACUUAAUGGAAAACAAAAGCUCUUCCCUAUUUCUGAGGACUGCCUGAUCCUCAACAUCUACAGCCCAGCUAAGGCCACUACAAAGGCCAGGAAGCCAGUCAUGGUGUGGAUCCAUGGAGGUGUAUUGGUAAUAGGUUCCGCCACCUCCCAGGAUGGAUCAGCCCUGGCUGCCUAUGAUGAUGUGGUAGUGGUCACAAUUCAGUACCGUCUUGGGAUCCUUGGCUUCUUCAGGCUUGCAGACUCUUUGGGCUGCAGCUCCCACUCGCCAGCUGAGUUGGUACAGUGCUUUCGACAGAAGGAAGCAGAAGAACUGAUCCUUACCAAAGAAUUGAAAAUGAUAAGCCCUACCUAUACCAUCGAUGGCUCUUUCUUUCCCAAAAGCCCUGAGGAGCUCCUGAAGGAAAGACAGUUCCACCCUGUGCCCUUGCUCAUAGGUAUCAACAAUCACGAGUCUGGAUGGCUCAUCCCCAAGGGCUCUGAUCUGCUGGAUAAGAUGGAGCAGAUGAACCGGGAGCACAUGCUGGACACCUUGAAGCCUCCUUUGACCAGUAUGAAUGUGCCCCCUGAGAUGAUGUCCUUGGUCUUAGACCAGUAUCUAAGCAGUGCCUCGGAUGCACAAGCCAGACGUGAAGCCUUCCAGGAACUGGCCGGUGAUAUCUUCUUCAACAUCCCUAUUUUGAAUUUCUCAAGAAACCUCCAAGAUUCUGAGGUCCCUAUUUUUUUCUAUGAGUUCCAGCAUGUACCCAGUUCUUUUGCAAAGAUCAAACCACACUGGGUGAAGGCUGACCAUGCAGCUGAGAGAGCAUUCGUAUUCGGGGGUCCUUUCCUCAUGGACAAAAGCACCCUCCUGGCCUUUCCAGAAGCCACAGAGGAGGAGAAGCAGCUGAGCCUCACCAUGAUGGCCCAGUGGGCCCAGUUUGCCCGAACAGGGGACCCCAAUGGCGAGGGACUUCCUCUUUGGCCCCAAUUCAACCAGCUGGAGCAAUACUUGGAGAUCAGCCUAGUGCCACGCAUCAGGCAGAAGCUGAAGGAAGCCCAGAUGCAGUUCUGGACAGAAACACUCCCCAGCAAGAUCCAACAGUGGCAACAACAGAAGCAAGGCAGGAAGAUCCCAGAGGAGCUCUGAGACAAGUCUUGUGUCUCCUUGACUGGGGCCAAUCCAAAAGAUGGCAGUGUCCCAGCCAGGUGGCCUCCUACUCUUGCUGUAAGGCUUAACCUAAACUAGACUGACAUGGGCUUGUGUCCCUUCAAGCAUCAGCCACUGCAGAAUGGCAUGAUGCUUUUCUGAAAUGUCACCAAGCUUCUUCCCACCUCUGGGCCUUUGUACUUCUCUCUGAAGUGCUCUGCUCCCUUCCUUCUUGUCAAG